AUGGUCAAUGGACCAAGAUACAGCGCAAGAGACAAAGGCAAGCGCCCAUUCGAACCAGCAUGGCAAGAGCAACAAGUCAUCUUCCCGAUAGUACGCGGGGGACCACGCGCCACGCGCCCCGUCGUCAUUACUGGCAUCAUAGGUCACUAUGAAACAGAAUACAUCUUCAUCGAUCCGGGAAGUACAGCUGAUAUCAUUUAUGAACAAUGCUUCAAUCAGUUUGAUGAUGAAGAAAAAGCGCGCCUCAAACCUGUUGAUUAUCCUCUUUCGGGAUUCUACAAUGAGAUGGUCUUCCCACUAGAACAGAUCAGUUUCCCCGUCACGCUAUCUGACGGGAAACAUUCAAGAACUAUAAACGUCAACUUCAUGGUGAUGCCAGUCAAAUCAAAGCAUGAUGUUUUAAUUGGGAGAGAAACCCAAGGAGAAAUGAACAUGGUGACCUCCACACCCCACUCAGCCAUUGGCUUCCCAACUGAGACGGGGGUGGCGAUUAUCUAUGCAAAGAAGGAAGUGAUGGCAGCUGAGGAUGCGCGCCCAGUCAAAGCGCCAAAAAUUUCAACAACCGAGCCAGAAAAAUGGGUCUUGAACCGCAAGUACCCAUAA